AUUUAUUGUUAGUGUCAUUUCGAAAUAGUGUUAUUUAUAUAACAUGAUAGUGUCAUUUGUAAAACAAAAUAGUGUUAGUGUCAUUUCAAAAUAUUGUUAGUGUUAGUAUCAUUUAGAUUUAGUGUUAGUGUUAUUUACACCCGAGUCUACGGUACACUCGGGUGUACAGGAGACUACAUCGAUUUUUUAUUGACUACUGAAAUUAAUAGUACAAUAUAGUAAUUCAUUCAAUUGCAAUAUUUAAUUUAUAUAAAUUAGUUAAAUUUCAAUAUAUGGAACAUUAUUUAUAUACCAAGAUUUUACUGUAGAGAAGCUAUGAAUAUAUCCUAUUUAUGUGAUUUUUUUUAGACUACCUAUUUAUGUUAUUAAAGAAGUGUCCAAGAAUUAAGACUAUAUUUUUUUUGCAGAAGAUUGCAAACAGUAUAAAAUUCAUAGCGAUAUGUACAACUAAUUAGUACGAUAAUUAUCCUAUUGAACCAGCCAAAAUGAAAGUCUCUCUAACAACCCGGCUGCUUUAUAUUAUAUGAGAACAUUUCAAGACUGAGAAAUAGAGAUAUAUCGUCUCUCUCUAGAAAUUUUCUAUGCAAUUAUUUUAUUAGUUUAAUUGUGAAAGGUGUACAUUUUUUCUUUUGAAUGGCAUUAAAUUGUUGAAAAUAAUAUUCUUUCAAUAAUCUGGUUGUUGGGAUGUCACCAUCGUAUUUGGAUCUUUUCAAUAAUACAUUUUGAAAAUGGUGUUGUAUUUGCAAAGGUUUGAAAAUGGUGUUGUAUUUACCAUGUGUAAUGGACGUAUAGGCUGUACUAAUUUAAUUAAAAGUCAUGGACUGCUUUCUAACAACUUUAUGAUGUUUCUCAUAAAUUCAAAAAGGAUGGAUUAUUGUAUCUAAUUAAUUUAUUACUUUGUGGGGUAAGCAUUUGUCGAAUUCUUUAAAUUGCAUAAAUUACAAUAUUAGCGGUAGUUACAAUAGUCGUAAAAUAAUAUGUUUGUUAAAAUGUCAUGCUUGCAUUUUUUGUCAACAAAUAAGUAAACGAUCAGCAAUUGUUUAUCUUUUUCUUAUAGAAAAUAACAAGUAGUCUCUCUAACAACACUUCUGCUUUUUGGACACUAUAUUUACUCAGAGGAAUGUAAGAAACCAUCACCCAAAACAGAUUGCCAUUUGUCUAUUUUGAUAAUUAUCAGUUUCUCUCUCUACAAUUGUUAUUGUUCCUUCAUAUGAUCUGCAAAAUCUUGUAGCAAGAAGAUAGUUUAUUUCUUCUCUUCUGAUUCUCCCUUUGCUGUUGUUCCAUCAUUUUAUCUUCAAAAUCUUGUAUUAAGAGGAUAGUUUCUUUAUCUGCAAAAUCUUGUGGUUAGAGCAUAGUUUCUUUCCCUUCUCUUCUAUUCUACCUUUGAUUUGCAUAAUCUUGUCUCUGAGAGUGUGUGUAAGGAUGGCUUAUUCUACUCUUGUUUCACUUGAAAGAACCAUUGAUCAAUUCCUCAAUCAUAAUCAAUUUUCCAUUUCUCCUCACGAAAAAAAACAUGUUAUAUCUCUCGAUAAAUAUGUUAUUACACUCCGAGCUUUUCUUGAGGAUUUUCCCGAGAAAGCCAAGAGUUUUGAAGCAAGAAUGAGGAAUGUAGCAAUGGAGGCAGAAGAUGUUGUCGAAUUGUAUAUGAUGGAAAAAAUCCACUACAAUAUUCGAUAUACCCACUGGAUUGCAGAACUAAGAAGAAUCAAGUUUAUAUUCCAGUUGCGCAGAAUAGAAAAUCAAAUGGAUUCAAUCGCCGGAGUGGUGGUGGAGAUCAAAAAUAGCAUCAUCACCAUCAAAGAUGCAGAACUUGAUGACUCUGUUGGGACUAGUUCAUCCUCAUCUCAGGGUGCAGAAGCUGGCAAAAUCGAUAUGGUUGGCUUGAACGAAGAUUUGAUAGAGAUAAAGGCUUGGCUUUGUGGAGAUUCGCGACAACUCCAAAUCCUCCCAAUAACUGGUAUGGGAGGAAUUGGCAAGACGACUCUUGCUAGAAAUGCUUAUGAUGAUCCAUUAAUCAUGGAGCAUUUUCAGAUUCGUGUUUGGGUCACUAUAACACAAGAUUAUAGUGAAGAAAGAAUUCUUUCAAACAUCUUCGAUUCCUUGAAAGAAUUCAACCGAGAAAGGAAUGAUAGAUCCAUGGCGGAGAAAGUGUACAAAAUCCUAGUAGGCAGGAGAUUUUUGAUUGUGAUGGAUGAUAUGUGGAGCACCAAGGUACUGAAUGAUGUAAAGAAGUUGUUUCCUGACGACAACAAUGGGAGUCGAAUUCUGUUAACCACAAGGUUGGUAGAUGUUGCUGCUUAUGCCAACUCUUCCACGCCUUCCCAUAAGAUGCGUUUGAUGGAUCCGUGUCAGAGCUGGAAUCUACUACGAGAGAAGGUGUUCGGACACCAAGAUUCCGUCCCUCGUGAAUUGGAGGCCAUUGGAAGGGAGAUUGCAAGAAGCUGCGGAGGAUUGCCCCUUGCAACGGUGGUGGUUGCAGGACUCCUAUCCUCGGUGAGUAAAACUCCAACUUCAUGGGAGGAAAUUGCUAAAAAUGUAAGAUCAUCUCUUGCCACAACAGAUGGGCGGGUGCAAAAGAUUCUAUCCUUGAGUUACAUCCAUUUGCCUCAUCAUUUGAGGGCGUGUUUCUUACACGUGGGAGGAUUUCCAAAAGAUCACGAGAUCAAAGUCGAGAACCUGAAGAGGUUAUGGAUAGCUGAAGGCUUUGUGAAACCAGUUGCAUCCAAAAGCUUUGAAGACAGAGCAGAAGAGUAUCUGGAGGAUCUUAUCAGGAGAAGUCUUGUUAUUGUUUCCAAUAAUAAAUCUAAUGGCAAAAUAAAAAAUUGCAGGCUCCAUGAUCUGGUACGAGAUUUGUGCAUCAAGAAAUCGCAGGAAGAGAAGUUUCUUGUGCACGUUAAGGGUAGGCGAGCGCUGGAGCUGAUGAAGAGCAUGAAAGAUGAGCGCAGGAUAAGUGUUUCUAGCUCUAAACUCGAUUCUUUCGCUCACAUUUUUAGCACAACCAUCCGGACUAUAAUGUACUUCGAGUAUAAACUUGAGUCUUUCGGGAGCUUUAGACUGCUCAGGGUCCUCGAUGUGCUGAGAGUCGGAUUUCUUCCGCGUUUGGUCCCUGAUCAAUUUUUUGAGCUGUUUCAUUUGAGGUACAUUGCUUUCUCCUAUGACUAUAAAAUUCCGAGAGCAAUCUCAAACCUUCAAAGCCUUCAAACCUUAAUCAUUCGGACCGGUGAUAGUGUUUUGCCAGAUGAAAUUUGGAAUUUGCCGCAACUAAGGCAUCUCAUUAUCCUCGAUUAUUUUAGUUGUUACUUAACUCAUCCCAAUAGUGCUCCUUUUGCUCUAAACAAUCUGCAAACACUAGGGGGAGUGAGAGAUCUCGAUUGUUCAUUAAGUCUCCUCCACAUGAUUCCCAACCUUAGGAAGCUGUCCAUCUCUUAUUCGUGGGGACCGGGAGAAUCACUCUUCCAUAAUCUUGUACAUCUCCAUCAACUUGAAAAUUUGAAGCUGGAAAAGGAGAGCUAUCGGUGUAAGUCUGGUGUCCACGAUCUUCUGCUUCCAACUUCGCUGAAGAAGUUAGCCUUGAUCGGUUGGGGUUUUCACGAUCCUUACCUCAAAAUUUCCGGUCCGUUGCCUAAUCUUCAAGUGCUAAAACUGAGAAAAUUCAACUUCGUGCAGCAAGAAUGGGUUACUAGCGAUACAGACUUCCCAAAGCUGAGAUUUCUACUCAUCGAUCGAUCGGAUCUGAAGCAAUGGAACAGCGAAGGCAGCCACUUCCCGUUGCUCGAGCACCUGCUGAUUCAUUCUUGCCGGAAUCUCAGUGAAAUCCCGACGUUGAAGUUGAUCGAGGUUAAGGACUGUGAGAAUUCGGUGGCGGAAUCCGUCAAACUAAUUCAAGAAGAGCAGCAAAGUUACGGAGAUGAUGUGUUUCAAGUUCGUUGUAUUGGUUGUAAGCCCAUCCAAAAGCCGCUUCCGCCGCCACCACCGGCCAUCAAAAGGCCGGUUUCAGCUCGAUGGAAUAUAAGUAAAGUUUACCAUGUUACGGACUUGCCUCGAUAUAAGCGCUGGAGAAGAAAUCUAAGGAAAAUGAAGUAAUUUGACUUUUCCGGAUCAGAAGCAUCGGUAGUAAGCAUGAUCGAGCUGGAUAGUCGAUUCCUCAAUUUAGAGAUGGAGAGGGUGUUUGCAAAAAUGCCUUUUGAGGUUUUGAAUUAUACCGCUUCAUGAAAAGUAGACCGUUAUCAUUUUGUCAAUGAUACACAUGUUGUUGAGCUUCUAGACGAGACUGGGCAAGAGGUGUUUGAUAAAAUGACUGCCUACAACUGCAAAAGCAGAGGCUGAGCAGAAGGUGUUCGAUCAAAUGUCUGAACCAAUACCUGAUGAAGUACUUGUUGGUCCACCAACGGGAAAUAUUUGUGUCAGUUCAUUAUUUCUAUAUUUGUUGCUUUCCUUUCGUUACUAUGAGUCCUUAUUGUCUAAGGUCUCUCUUUAUUUGGAAAUUAUUUUCCUUAGGGUAAUUAUCAGUUUGCUAGUGGAGUGCUUAAUCUCGUAAUCUUUUGCUUUCUUAUGAGGAAUUGUUUUUCUUGUUUUUUCUUGGUUCAUUUUCAUUCACUAACUUGUAAUAAAAUGUUCAUUUUGUCUAAUGUAAUAUACUAAUAUUCAAUCUUUCUCCCUAA